UUUAUAGAAACGUUUCCUAAAGAAGUAGGCCGCUGCGCGGCGUAGGAAUUCAAUGGUUGUGUUGACCUGAUGCAGUCUUCGUGCCAGACGAUUCUUCGCAGUUAAUUCACGAGCAUAUUAAAGCUUAUUUCUCGACUGAAGCGACCGAUGCCAACCACUUACCUUCGCUGAUGGUAUACAGAAAUAAAUAACAGUCGUUCACAGGACGAGAUUAAACGAGGUAAAGCUGAAGGCUAUUUAUAAAUAGCUCUCUGCAAGGAUCAUCGAUUUUUCAUCAUGGACGAUGAUAACGAAAUUGACGUCCUCUUACGUGAGCAUCCCCUACUACCGCCAUCUGAGCCCACACAACAGCAGGACAAAGAAGAGAAGAAAAAAGAAAAUGUUAAAAAGAUGGACGAGAUAAGGAAGCGGAAGAAGAAGCAGCGCGUGUCCAAGCCGCGCGAGCAGCUGGUCAGUGAGUGUCGAGACUACAUCAACACCAUCUGUGAGAAGUGUGACCGCGACGGAUCCGGAAAACGGCCUCUGAAUAUAGUCAUCGUGGGAAAACAGGGUUGCGGCAAGUCUUCCUUCAUCAACAGUCUCGCUGCAAGUCUGUCCCAGGAAUAUUGGAUUGAACACGCCAUGACUGGCUACCAAGACGGCGCCAGGCCGAUCACCGACUACAUUUCCCAGUACCAAAAAUGCAGCAACACCGACCGACCGUUAUACAGGGACGUUCUGCUGCCGACGCUGAUAGACAUACCCGGGAUGCUGGAAGACGCCGUGGACGAGCGAAUGAAAAAAUUUCUUCAGCUGCUUUUCUAUGGUCACGUGGAGAACCUGACCGCCGCCUCCCAGGUGUUCGCAGACUGCGAGAAGCCUUGGGAAGAACUCCUGGAGACCUACGGCACGUUGUAUGAGGACAUGAAGGUGGAUCGAGUCAUCUUCGUGGCCUCGGCGAACAGCGAGCAGCUGCCCACCCGCCUCAUUAAAUGUGUGAUGGACGCCGCCAGACCCUCACCUAACUCCCAGGGCCUCCGGCGUCAAAUACCUGUCUACGGUGUGCUGACAAAUUGUGACCAAAUCGACGACACGAACGAAGAACAAUUUGAAAAGAUAAAGCUGGAGUUCAAGAAAGGCCUGGGGCUGCACGAGGGCAGACUACUCUGCUGCAGCAACUACUGUGACGACACCGACCCUGAAAAGGAGAGAUUUAAAAACGUUCUUCCCUCCCUUGAUCUGCCGAUCCUCGAGUUUUUUGCACAGGUGUGUGAGCGCAAGGUGACCACCACACAUCACAACGACAGGAUGCAGGUUGACCCCAUCACGCAGCUCCGCAGCAGCUGGAGGAGGAUCGGGUUGACCUGUCAGUCCAUCCUUAAGUGCCUUGCUAUAGCUAUUGUGGUUUUUGUACUGAUGUACGUGUUGCAUGCCACCUUCCUCAGCUCCGAGCAGGACUUCAUGCUGUGGGAGCGGUGCCGGGCUGGUGACCCCGCCGUCCGUGACCUGUGCAAGGCAUCACGGUCAGCCUCUUCCCUGGGAGCCGCCACAGCUGCUGCACUCAUCGCUGUCAUCACAUACGUCGUCUAUCGCUUUUCUUUAAAUCAUCUGGAAAACUAGCAAUGAGGAACUGUAUUUUUAUGCGUUGUCUUCUGAUUGAUUGAAUGCUUUAAUUAUUUCAGUUACUGCUAUUUCGAUGUGUGAUUAUUUAACAUGCUAUUGUUUGACAUUCGUUUCCUCUCUAGGAAAUUUUGUGUAACCAAUUUAUUUUGUACUUUGUGCUUCAUUUUCCACCACCUUAUCCUCGUCAUCAUCUAGUACUAUAUUUUAUUUUAUCCUACGCCAAGUUUAUGAAUAUUAAUAUUUCGUAUAAUCAUAAUAAUAAUAAGAAGACGUCUUAGAGUUGUACAUAAUUUUUUGUUCGUGUUUUCUCAUGUAAAAGAAUGUAAUAAUACUGUGAACUAUGUAUGCACAUGCACAGUAUUUUCACAUAAAGAAGUCUAUCACGUUU